AUGGUCAGAUUUACCAAAAAAAGAACCAAAAAGGUUCAAUUAGCACAAUCGUUGCUAGAAAACAACUUGUGUAAUAUUUGUAAAAAGGUGUACUCUUUAAAGCAAAAUUUAAACCAUCAUCUUAAAACUCAUGAUGGUGUUCGAUUUUACUGCGGUGAAUGUGAAUAUGAUUGUGAAACCGGAGCUGGUCAGGAUGGAAGACACGAGCGUAUACAGCAACGUACUAGCGUUAUACAACACACAUCCAACAACCAGACAUUAGAACAAAGGGGCACAUCACAUGAAAGCUUCUUCGAUAGUGAAGGUGAUGAAUUAUGUAAUCAAGCGUAUGAUGAUAUUCCAUCAACAUCGACAAAUUUACCGGACUACAUACAAACCCCCGAACAUAUGCAAUCAAACUCGGCAAGUGGAUCAGGUGUAGGUAAACGACAAAGAGACAACGUCAACCAAUCUAACACCCGAUUGAAACGUCAUCGACUAGCAGUUACUCAAGUAGAUGGAUUUGUAUCAACUAGCAGUGGGUUCAACGGGCUUUGUAAAACUUUCUACAAAAGAAAUUUUAAUCAGUUAGCUGAUUAUGACUCUUUCCUGUCUGAAACCAAACCGCAACUAUUCGAAUUAUUAAGAACACUUGUAGCCGAAAAUGCGGUGAAGUAUACAUUAAAACUGGAAUCGACGUAUAAAAUCCCUUCUACAGAUGUUUUGGAAAAUAGAGCAUUCAAGUCAUCAGCAAGAACUCUAUUCCAGGACACGAACAUUGAAUCGGCAAUAGACGAGGACUUUGCUAAGAUAAUUUCUGAAGAGGCUGAGAUGGAGGGGAAAGGAUCCGGGUUUUCUUUAGAGAAAAUUGAUGGUAUACUACUUGAUGUAUUUAAAUAUACACCCCUUGGAGGUUCAGCUUUUAUACCGCUUCCGGAGACAAUUGAAAAUCGUAAAGCAACAAUAAACGUACAAAAUAAUGACAAUAUGUGCUUCAAAUACAGCAUUAUGGCCAAGGACGUUACUGCGCCAAACCCCAGCCGUAUCACACAUUAUCAGAAUGUGCCAAGCAGACACAAUUUCUCGGGACUUACAUUCCCCGUGCCAUUAUCUGAGGUGAAACAUUUUGAAAAAAAUAAUCCAGGGGUAUCGAUAAACGUGUACGGCUUCAAGAAGGGGAGUUUAACAUAUAAAAAUAAAUCUAAGAAUAACAACGGCCAGACGUCUCAAAAUGCAGAAAAGGAUGAAUUCAUUAUUAUCCCAUACAAGGUGUGUGACCGUGAACAAACCGAUCAUUACGAUUUAUUAUAUUUCAACAACGGAGAGGGAGUAUACCACUACUGUUAUAUCAAGAAUCUUGCAAGAUUGGUUGGAUGUCAACUGUCUAAAAACACCAAGGAAAAAGCCAUCUGCAGACGCUGUUUUAAGGUGUACAUCGAUGAACCGGGUAAAAUUGAUAAAGAAGCUAGACUUGAAGAUCAUAAACGAAUAUGCGUCAAGAACGAGUCAGUAACUCCAAUUCUACCACCGCCAAAUACGUACAUGCAGUUUGAGAACUGGGGUAACACCCAAAAACUCGAUUUUGUCAUUUACGCUGAUUUCGAGUGUUUAUUGAAGAAACCUGUAGGGGACAACCAUUUUGGGAAAACAACUGUCACUCAAGAACAUGUUCCCAUGAGUUAUUGUUAUUUAGUUAAAGCUAGCGAGGAUGUACCAACAGAGCUAAUGGAUCAAUUCGACAUACCGCAAUCCCCGGUUGUAUACAGAGGUAAUGCAAAUUCUGAGGCUAACGAUGUACCAAAGCAUUUUAUACAGAGCAUUACUGAUGUGGCACGUAAAAUUGAACAGCUUUUAAAAAUCAACACUCCUAUAUGUAUGACAUCACAGAACGAAACCAAUAACCUUGCUCGAUCCGAUAAGACAAAGUUCCGUUCUGUGAUAAAUGCAUAUGGUGAAGAUGAUUUGGAUAUGGUUACUCGUAAAGGUGUUUACUGUUACGAUUAUACGGACUCAUGGGAAAAAUUGGAAGAACAGUGUCUACCGCCUAUAGAACAGUUUUACAGUUCACUGACUGAGAAAAAUAUUUCCCAAGAUGAUUAUAAACACGCUCAAAAUGUAUGGAAUCGUUUUAAAUUCAAAACUUUAGGCGAAUACAGCUUAUGGUAUAACGAAUUGGAUGUACAUAUUUUAUGUGAUGUUUUUGAAGCUUUUAGGGAGCUCUGUUUAAAAACAUAUGAAAUCGAUUGCUGUCAUUAUUAUACUAUCCCUGGUAUGAGUUUCGAUGUGUGUUUGAAAUACACUGAAGCCAAGUUGGAAUUGAUAUCAGACUAUGACAUGUUACUUAUGUUCGAGCAAGGUGUAAGAGGGGGAAUCUGUCAAGCUUCAAAGAGAUACUCUAAAGCUAACCACAGCAAGGCACCCGUAUACAAUCCUGAAGAACCAAACAGAUGGAUAACAUAUCUUGAUGCAACAAAUCUGUGA